CGCCCGCCCCGGCUUGCCCUCAGCUUCCGCACCCGCUCAGUGCCAGAGCUGGUCUAAGGCCCUUAUCAUUGAGAUUCACUCGCCGUUGACUCUGCUGUUCCGCGCCUCACACGCCCCCUGGAGUCUAGAUUGUCGGCCUCGACGCCCCCUCCGAGCCAUUUAGCUUCUGACUCCGCGCGAUCGUACCCUGCAUACUACGCUCCUGGCCCCCCAUGUCGCUCGCGCCGCUGAGAGCGCUCAUCUACUAUGUGCCUACGGUCGCACCCGUGGCGAACCGUGCAUUGCUUGCAGUGACAGGCUCCCAAGCAGUCGAGUUCCUCAACGGACUCGUCGCCUCGGAGGUUCAUGCCCCUCACAAGCCAUUCUAUACGGCUUUCCUCCAUCCGCAGGGCCGCGUCCUCCAUGACGCUUUCGUCUACACCACCACUGAUCCUACCUCCGGCGCCAAAGGCUACGUGAUCGAAUACGACACCCGCCCCGGCGAGCUUUCCACCGCCCUACCCGACCUCCUCAAGCGCUACAUCCUCCGCUCCAAGGUCAAGCUGCGGGACGUCACGAACGAGUACGACGUCUGGCAGGCCUGGGGCUCCCCGCAGGCCGAGCGCUUCUGGGACCACGAGCGUCGGUGGGCGUUUGCGAAGAGCGGCGCGGUCGAGCCUGCUUGGGAUGUGCUGAAUGCGUGGCCGUGGGGGACGUGGGAUCUGGCGCUGCACGACAGGCGCGCCCCUGGGAUGGGGACGCGGAUGCUCGUGCGGAAGGGGGAUAAGCCGGAAGCCGCAUCGGACCACGACAUAGCAUCUACAGACGCGUACAAGCUGCACAGGAUACUACACGGUGUGCCGGAGGGUACAGCAGACAUUCCGCCAACACAAGCCUUUCCGAUGGAGUCGAACCUCGACAUAAUGGGCGGACUCAACUUCCGCAAGGGCUGCUACGUCGGUCAGGAGCUUACCGUGCGGACAUACCACACUGGUGUCGUCCGCAAGCGCAUUCUCCCCGUCGCGCUUCACUUGCCCGGCGAAAGACCCACCCUCGUCCAACCGUCUCCCACCGCCCCCCACCUCCCCGAAAACAUCGCCGUCAACGCACGAAUAGCCCCCCAACCGGAUACCCCUUCCCCCGACCAACCUCACAAGCGCAUUCCCCGCCCGCGCGGAACCGGCAAGCUCCUCUCCAAUAUUCACGGCGUCGGUCUGGCCCUGUUGCGCCUCGAGCAAGUCAAGGGCGCUGAAGCCGGUGAUCUGCGCUUCGAGCUGGACGUACCGACGAGCGGGGACGGGAGCGAGGUUACGCAGAUCGAGGCGUCGCACUGGUGGCCGCAUUGGUGGCCGAAGCAGCCGGAGGGCGAGGCUGAGGGAGCUUCGGCGGAAAAGGAGGAAGUCGAUUGAAAUAGACAAGUUGACAAUGUACUAUCAUCUACUGACGACAACAACGAUAUCCCCUUGCUCAUCCUUCAUCCAAUGGGUUGCAUAAAGCUAUAGUAUGAA